UAAAUAUCUCCAAUAUGCAUCUAGGAUUAAAGUAAUUCAUCCCAGAUGAUGAUGGUGGUGAUGAUGAUGUUAUCCAUUCAGUGGUGUCAAAGUCCUGGUGAUAAUAUGGUCCAGGUCUUUCCACGUCUUCUGAUCUUGACCUAGUUAUCUGAGUUGUUCUGUGCUAUGGCUUGUGUCCAGACAUUGUGUACUUCGAUGUCACUUUUUCCACCAGUCAGUUUUUCAUUACUAGACUUGGCUAUAAAUGAAUUGAUAAAAAUAUUUCUUUCCAUUACCUGAUGGACAGAGAGUACCUCACAAACAAUUUGAUAUUGAUUUGGAAAGUUUGUAAAACUUUGGGGGAAUUGAAAAUUGGGUUUAAUUUACCUCAGAGGCUUCCUGGUAAUGUAUUCAAUGAAAAUGUUGACUAUUUAAAUUAUAAUUGUAUGAUGAAUCAGGAGUUUAGUAGUUCUGGAUGAGAGACCUAGUCUGUGUAACCCUUCUGGAAGUCAAAGUUUAAAGCGGUUUGUAUUUCAUUACUCUCAUAGUACUGAAUUCAAGGCUGAAGGAUCAUCUCUAACAAGCUGACAAAAGCUGAGGAAAGAAACACGUUAAGUCCUACACGGUUUCAAAAGCUAUUUGCGUUAUUUGAAGAAUACUUCCUCAGGCAGGAGAGGGGUCAUGGAAGUCCAUCUUUUAUGGAAUGAAGUAGACAGGGCCCUCAACCCUGUCAGCGCCAGGAAGGGGGGGUUUAUUUCUGGAGGCUUUUAAGGAGACCUUGGUUUGCCUCCUCCUUAAAAAGCCAUCCAAUUGGUUGCCAGGACAACGUUCAUCCAAUUUCCUUUUUGGUGAAGGUUGUGGAAAAUGUGGGGACCUGACAGCUUCAGAGAGUCCUAGAUGAAGCAAAUUAUCUGGAUCCCUUUCAGUCAGGAUUCAGGCCCAGUUAUAGGAUGGAAAUGGCAUUGGUCACACUUGAUGAUCUUUGAUGAAAGUGGGAUUGGGGUAUUGCAACCAUCCUUGCUCUGCAUGAACUCUCAGUGGCUUUCAAUACCAUUGACCAUGAUAUCCUUAUGGGUCAGCUAUGGGGAAUACAGCUGGGUGGCACAGUUUAGUGCUAGUUCAGCUCCUUUCUCAGAGCUGUUUCCAAUCACUGUUGAUAGGGAUUGAGAGAUCCAGUUCUUGGCCAUUAUCAUGUGGCAUUCUGCAGGGCUUGCCACUCGUCUCCAUUCCUUUCCAUCAUCCAUAUGAAUCUAUAUGGGUGAGAUCAUCUGUCACCAUGGGUUCAGGUGUCUGCAGACUUUUGACAAUAUCUAAAUCUAUAUUGCCACUCCUGGUGACCCAAAUGAUACUCUGGUUUCCCUGUUGUGGUGCCUGGAGGCUGUGGGGCCUGGAUGGGCCUUUGGUUGAAUCCUGGUAAAACCAAAUGGCUUUGGGUACAUGAGACUUGGUCAUCUUUGAAUAUGAAUGAGGUGGCACUACCCUGGUUCAGAAUUUUUUUUUUUGGGGGGGGGGUGGUCUCCUGGACUUGCAACUCCUGCCCAAAGAGCAGGUGGCUAAGGAGAAACUUUGGGUUGUGUACCAAUUGUGGCAUUUCCUGGAUCAGGAAUCCCUGGGCUCUUUUGUUCAGGUGCUAGAUUUCUUACAAUUGGGCUAUUGUAAUGUGCUCUGUUGAGCCUACCUUUGAAGAGCAUUUGGAAGUUACAGCUGGUACAGAGUGCGGUGGCUCAGACAGUUCUUGGGGUCCAAAGAAUGCCCCAUAUAACAUCACUAAUCUGUGAGCUAUAUUGGCUGCCAGUCUGCUUCCAGGUGCAAUUCAAGGUGUUGGUAAUCACCUUUAAAGCAGCUGAUGGCAUAAGUGCAGACUACUUGAGGGACUGUCUCAUCACAUUGGCUUGGCCCAUCCCACCCGUGCUGGCAUGCUUCAGGCUUGAUUAUUCUGGCUGGCAGUGUUCAGGAGAAGAGCUUUCUCUGCCAUUGCACCUGUGUCAGCCUCAACCCUCCUCGCCUUUCAUAAGGGCUGAUAGACCUGACUUUCCCAGAGUAUAAGGGAGAAGCAACCUAGAACUAAGGAUACAUUUUCUAACAAUGAGAACAAUUAACUAGUGGAACAUCUUGCCUUCAGAAGUUCUGAAUGCUCCAUCACUGGAGGCUUUUAAGAAGCGGCUGGACAACUAAUUGUCUAAAAUGGAAUAUGGUAUCCCGCUUGUGCAGUGGGUUGGAUUAGAAAAACUCUAAGGACUUUUCCAACUGUUAUUCUGUUAUUAUUAUUUUCUUCUGAAAUGAUUUUUACCUUGGAUAGUUAUAUAAAAGGCAAGUGUCCAUGUUUUCAAUCCAACUUAUACGUACUCCAUAUUGUUGCACAAAAUUUACAAAAACAAGAACUCAUCUGAACCCAGAGUCCAAAGGUAGAGAUGUUGGUAAAUAAUUACCCUGUAUUGAUAACAGUAAAAGAACAAAUUGAUUUUUUUAAAAGGAUCAUGGAAAAUAUGUUAUUUAACUGUGAUUGGGAGUUCCAGUUGCCUUCUUUUUUCAAUAUUGUCUCAUUGAAACCGUUUCUGGGAGUUUUGAAGAGGAAAAUAACUCAGAAGAGGAUGGAGCUGACAUGGACAGGAGUUGUGCUUCUUCUCUGUAUACUUUUCACCCUUUUCUCCUCUUUCCAAAUGUACAAGAAAAAAGGACAGCUGCCCCCUGGACCUGCUCCAUGGCCUAUUCUGGGGAACCUCUUUCAGCGAGAUGUACUACCUUUGUAUAAACAUUCUCAAAAGCUUGCUGAGAAAUAUGGACCUAUAUUUACUGUCUGGAAUGGAUCAAAACCAAUGGUUGUUCUCUGUGGGUACGCCAUGGUAAAAGAUGCUUUGGUAGAUCAUUCAGAAGAAUUUGGUGGGAGAACUGAAAUGCCUACUCAUAAGCAAAUGUUCCAAAAUAAAGGUCUGACCACCACUGAGGAGAAGAAAUGGAGGGAGCUGCGGCGGUUCACGCUGUCUACCUUGCGAGAUUUUGGGAUGGGGAGGAAAACAAUGUCUGAGAAGGUGCAGGAGGAAGCCCUUUGUCUGGUAGAGGAAAUGGCUACCACAAAAGGGCAGCCAUUCGACCCAAGGAGAAUUAUUGCAAGUGCUGUUUCUAAUGUGAUAUGUGCUGUUGUUUUUGGCAAUCGAUUUGAUUACAAAGAUAAAACCUUCAUAGAGAACCAGAAUAUUGUGGAGACUCAAAUAAGACACUCUCUUGGUUUCUUAGGACUGGUAUACAAUACAUUCCCAAAAAUAGUGGAGUUCAUUCCCGGGCCACACCAAAGCAUUUUUGCUGACACUAAAAAGAUCUGUGAUUAUUUCCGUGAGAAUGUGGAUUUGCACAAAAAGACAUUGGAUCCCCAAAAUCUGCGUGACUAUAUCGAUUGCUUCCUUCUUAGAGUGGAGAAGGAGCAGAACUCAACUGAGGGUGUCUACACUCUUGAAGAACUUGUGAUUGUUGUGUUUGGACUCUUUAUGGGUGGAACACUAACCACAAGCGAAGCUUUGCUUUGCAGCCUUCUAGCGAUAGCUAAAUUGCCACAUAUUCAAGUUAAAGUGCAACAGGAGAUUGAUGAGGUGGUGGGUACAAAUCGUACUCCAAGCAUGGAAGACCGGUUGAAAAUGCCUUUCACAAAUGCCGUUGUUCAUGAGGUUCAGCGAUAUCAGAAAACGACCCUUGAAACGCUUCCACGGGCAACAACUUGUGACACAAAGUUCCAUGGUUACACUAUUCCCAAGUGCACAGCUAUUGUGCCAGUCUUCACCUCUGUACAUUUUGACCCUCUUCAUUGGGAGACUCCAGAGAAAUUCAAUCCCAAUCAUUUUCUGGAUGAAAACGGGCAGUUCAAGAAAAAGGAUGCUUUCAUGCCAUUCUCAGCAGGAAAGAGGGCCUGUCCAGGGGAGGCACUGGCUAGGAUGGAGCUCUUCCUGUUCUUCAGCACUCUGCUCCAGAAUUUCACCUUCUCUCUGGUUGGGGACACCAAAGAUACGGAUGUAAUGUCUUUGUUUAUGUACUUCAGUAAUAAUCAAUAUCCCCUUAUACAAGCUGUUAAACGUUCAGUGGACACUUGUGAUCAAUAAUUAGGAGAAAGCACCCACAUUAAUAGAUACUCAAAAAAAGCAUGUGGGAUAUUACAUUUAAAGGCAAUCUUAAAAAUAAUGUAGAAUACAAAUGUAAUAAUUUUUAUAGCAAAGGUAGCUAUUCUAACCUCUUAUCUGAUGACAUAUUUUGGCACAAUUAAUAAUACUUCUGAAAUACUUAAUAGCUUCCCCCCCCCCCAGCUGUAUCCAUCAAACUUUCAAUAUAUAAUCUAUACUGUAGAUUUAACUAUGCAAGGCUAGAAGUAUUAUCACAAAUUGAUGUUGUGGACUAAUCUAUAUUUGAAGGUAACAUGGAAGAUCUUGUAUUGGUACACUUUGGCUAAAUGCAAGGUUGAGUCAUUUUCUGUUGAUAUCUAAUGGUUGUUUUAAAGACUGGCAGAAUGAAUAUUGUAUAUGAUUCAACUAUAAUAUUUGCUAUAUCUAAUCUCUGAUAAAUAACCUUAUUGUUGUGGGUAAUAAAGAAUUAAAACAUAUAAUUUCAGAAGAUAAAUGGUUCCAGGUGUACAAAAAGCAGAAAAUAAAUUUUAGGAUUUCAAAAUGGAAGCCAUUCCUAAGAAAUUUUUGUUUCAUGUUAAACUUUAUUAAACUCAAAGGGUUCGUGUUCUUUUUUUGUCCACUACUGAUAAAAUAUCAUCAAAAAGCAAAUAAAUUGACUCAAGGAGAUUCUGCCUACAAAAUGGAAUUAAUCAACAACCCAGUUACAUGAAUCUUAAAUAGAUAUAUUAUGCAGAAUGCCCUCAAGGAUAUUCUUGUUGUGAUUAUAGUAUUUGAUGAUGGUCAAAACCUGACCAAAAUAAAACAAAUAUCCUUCAAAAAUAUUUCAAAUUCAAUUUGAUGCCUUGAUCAAAUUGAUCUUUGAUCUUCUUUUAUUCUUUUCUGCUAGCUUUUUUAAAAUUUGAAAUUAUUUGAAUUAAACCAGUUGUUAUCAAAUCAGAGACCACCUGCCUCAAGUCCAUAUAUUAAAAGUUGAGGGUCUCCAGUUCUCCACCCAGAAGCCUCAGUUUACCCACUGUACCAUCUCACAUCUACUUUGGUGGAGGAACUUGUUAAGUGAUCUAAGGUGACCAGACAUCCCGCUUUUGGUGGGACAGUCCUGAUUUUUAAUAAUUUGUCCUGCGUCCUGUGGGUCGCAGAACAAAUUAUUAAAAAAAGUCCCAAUUUUUGUAGAAAGGAUGCCCCGACCCUUUUUUGUCUCCACCAUGUGCAAACAUUUUCACUCAUUUUUCCAGGUCUAUCUUUGUCUAUAGUGGCUGCGUGCCACAUAGCUGGUUGGCACAUAGCUCAAGAACCAUGCCAACAGCGACUCAAGGCAGAGCAAAGAUGAUUAGCAUGCCUGUUCAAAAGGAAAAAGCACUAAUGCCCCUAAUUUAGCCACCCCAGUAUCAGUGGGUAUCGAACUGCUGUUUCCUGAUCUUUGGACUUCUGUUGGAAAACAACUAUCUGACUCCAGAUCUGUUCCUUAUCCAGCAUUUGGAUUCCCAGUAUUCCUUUGUGGUUUGUGUGUGAUCAAUAUAAGGAAAUAUAAAUUAAAAACAAUUUAACAGAAAUCCCAAUUUAUGUUUAAAAAUAGAUAAAGAAGAUGAAUACUCUGUAUUCAUAACAGAGAAUCUUUUGCCAUGUUCUUCCUGGACAAACAUCCAUAUUACAACAUUAUGCAUUUUGUUAGCAAUUAACAUUCAUAUGGUGUACAUGUGGGUUUUUUUCUACAUGGCAGGAAAAAUCCAGAGAAAUGCAAAUAACAAAAGAUCAAUGUGCCUGGCUUUUUUCUAGCUAAAUCAGAUGACUAGGCCAGUGGUUCCCAAACUUGGCAACUUUAAGACUUGUGGAGAGCUGGCUGGAGAAUUCUGGGAGUUGAAGUCCACAAGUCUUAAAGUUGCCAAGUUUGGGAACCACUGGACUAGGCUGAGCACUGCAGAUGUAAGCUCCAAUGAAAAAUUGAAAUU